CGGAGGUCGCCGUCCAUGUACUCAAAGACAAAAAAGAGCUCAUUCUUCUCUCGCACCACCUCGCGCAUCUUGACGAUGUUUGGGUGUCCGUGAAUGCGCCGCAUCACCGUCACCUCGGGCAGCUUCACACACUCCUCCCAGGAGUAGUACUUUUGCUUCAUCUUUUUAAUCGCCACGAGUUGUCCCGUCUUUUUAUGCAGCGCCUUCACGACGCAGCCGAAGGUCCCAUCGCCCAGCUGAUUAAGAAUCUCGUAAUUUUCCAUUUUCACACAGACACAAGAACGCAGAAAAGCUAUACGUGCCUUCUUCUUGCUUCACAGGAAAUGAGGAAUACUGUCUUGUAUACAAACAGGAGAUGCAUGCAGAUCUCUGUAUGUCUAUACACAAAUAUAUACAGAAGGGCGUAUGCGCGGCACGUCCUUGGGAAACGGCCUCGCUGUGCAGCUUUUGCCCUCUCCCCUUCCGUCGGCUCUAGUCUGGUGGAUGGCCGGCACACCCACGAGGCUGCUCGCGACGCGGCGUCCAGGGCCGAAUGGAAAAGGGAGUGA